GUUUCACAGAAGCUCAGAGUUUCAGAGACACACCAGGACCUCUGUUUGCUGAAGUCAUGGCCAGUGUAAAUAGGCAUUUCCAGGAUGCAGCUGCCCCAUGAAUUCAGUGAAAGUAAAUCUGAACCAAUGGCAGGUGGAUGGCUCAUACUCUUUGCCAUCAUGCUGCGGCUGGUGGUAGCCUGCCCUGCGUCGUGUGCCGUGUGCACCAAAGAUGUAGCUCUCUGUCACCAACUAACCUAUAUAGUAGCAGCCCCUGUGACCACGAGGGUUUUAAUCAUCACUGAUGGAUAUCUCUCCUCUAUAGAUACAAAUCUGUCCCUCUUGUUUAAUCUCGCCCUGCUCUCUUUGAGCAGAAAUGGCAUCGAGGAUGUUCGGGAAAAUGCCUUGCACAGCCUUUCAAAGCUGCAGUCGUUGUUGCUGGGGCACAGCCAAAUAUCCAGCUCUUCGCUCACGGAUCACACCUUCAGCAAGCUUCGCAGACUGCAGGUGCUGGUGCUCAGCCACAGCGCCCACCACACCCUGCAAAGGUCUUGGUUCCGAAACACCAGGGGCCUGAGUUGGCUCCAGCUGGAUGGGAAUCAGAUCACUAAUCUGACGGACAGUUCUUUUGGAGGCACACGUCUCCACAGUCUCAGGCAUCUGGAUUUAUCUAACAAUUUUAUUUCCUUUAUUGGGAAAGAUGCCUUCUGGCCCCUGCCUCAACUACAGGAAGUAGACCUUUCUCGAAAUAAGUUGGCCCACAUGCCGGAUGUUUUUAUUCCCUUGAAGCAGUUAACCCAUCUGAGUUUAGAUAAGAACCAGCGGAGCUGCACUUGUGCUCUCUACCCACUUGCCCGAUUCUUAAGAAACUACAUAAAGUCUUCUGCUCGCACGCUCAGGAACACCAAGGACCUAAGUUGUCAGCCGUCCACCAUGGCUGCGGCCACUACAAACAGUGUACUAAGGCUGUCUGAGACCAACUGUGAUUCCAAGGCUGCCAACCUCACCCUGGUUCUAAAGGACAGAAGUCCCCUCUUCCCAGGGCAGGAUGUGGCCCUGCUGACUGUCCUUGGCUUUGCAGGAGCUGUUGGUCUCACUUGCCUAGGUUUAGUUGUAUUUAACUGGAAACUUCAACAAGGCAAAGCAAAUGAACACACAUCAGAAAACCUUCCUUGCAGAACCUUCAAUGAAUCCCUGUGUGAUCAUGAGGCAAGAAAUUACCACGCUCAGGGAUACUGUAACUGCCAUUUAACUCAGGAAAACGAGAUAAAGGUCAUGUCCAUUGUGGGGGCCGGAAAGGAAAUGCCACUUUCACAGGAAAGCAGCCAUCAAGCAGUACAGGCCUCUGGCUCCACAGCCCUUGACGGAUCAUUUAGAAACCUGAAAGGGAAGGGCCAUGGGGCAGACAGCACUUUCUUCUGCUUUGGUGGCAGAUUGCUGCAGUCAGAAUGUUCAGAGCCUUCUGGGAAUAUGGCAGCUUUUAAUGAAGCUGGUUUACUUACAAGAUAUUGUCCACAGAGAGUUGAAGGGUGGAGCAAUCAUGAGCCUGGGGAAGGCCAACCUCAAACUUUGCCACAGCAUGUAACAAGAACGACAGAUAUCAGCAGUGACACAUUUAGUAGAAGAUAUGCAACAUCAGCUUCAGCCUUGGCAAGAGGAAGUCUUGAAAAGCAUUUAACAAAUGAAUCAUGGCAGCCUCCAAUGGAAAAAGGAGACAAUGGCUUACAACCUCACAGGCAGAGACAUUUUAUUACAGGCUCAUCAUCCAAGCCUUGUGAGCCUGAGGAACACUCUGUACAAAGGAUCUUGCAAAAACACAGGUCAAAAUAUGAUGAUCCUUGUAGACUGUUAACACAGAGCGGUCCUGGGUAUUUUCAGCCAAACAAUUCUCUUAUCUGUAAAUAUGUGCCCUGUGAUCAAUUUCAAGAUUACAUGAAAGAAAAGAAGCCAAAUCGUCGAAAACGUUCAAAGCCCAAGAAAGAGCAAAUCCAAAUUAACAGAGCAAUAGAAAAAUUUCUCAUGAGUGAGAACAACAUGGAGUUAUCAGGGUUAUCAACAAAAAUCAAGAAAACAUAUUCUCCUAAGAGGGUUAGCUUCCAUCAUCCUGAUUUAAUAGAAAAAAAUAGUUUGGUGAUGUCAUCCAAAACAUCAAGCCAUUGGAAAGAAGAGAAAAAUGAGAGUAAUCUGACCAACUUGGAUCUCAAAAAAUGUAGCAACCCUCGUGAGAUAAACAAAGGAGAAAAGGGGCUUACCGAUCCACAGAUUCUGAAAAAGAAGAGAACCAAUCCAGCUGACUUCAAAGGGAAAAUUAAAGGACAAAAUUUAAGGAUAAAAUUAAAUUUAAGCCCUUUUAGAAAAGUCAGAGUCCAUCCAGAAAAAUCCUUGCCAGAUCUUCCAAAGAAACUCAAACGAGCAUCAUUACCUCCUGAUAAAUUCUCCACAGCUUCUGAGAAAGAAGCCAGAGUAAACCUUGAGCGCUCUGCAGAUUUUCGCCAACAGUCAGAAGGUAACAACUAUGUUAAAUUCACUGCAAAGAGGCUGCCUCUCAAACAUGCCCCCAAGCAGACUCCAUAUUACAGAAAAGUCAUGAAAAAUCCUUCUCUGCUCAGUGUUAACGACUUGUAUGUGGCCAACCAGAGCUCUAUGGAAGGCACCUGUCCCCCUACUGGUCAUAUUCCCGAUGGAGACCCAUCAACACUGACUCAGCCCACACCCACUGUUGCUGAACACGGGCAUUCACACUCCUCCUUCUUAACUGAGCACGUGCGAGGUACAGCUUGCAUCGUAAUGGGCAUCCCAAGUUAUUUACCAGCAACUUUGGAAAACAUAGGAAGGGAUGUUUUACCAUCCCACCAUUCUAGGGGGGCUACUGACCAAGGGGCAACAGAGCCCACUGAACACAUGGAGCAGGACAAAUUGAAGACCAGUGAGCUAAGCCAGUUUUCUAUGUCCCUAGGGAAUCAAAUCUGCAGGACUGACACCUAUGAGGAACAUACUUUAAAUCAAAAGCAAACCUUAAAACAUACAGAGCAACUCUCAAGUCACGAACAACUUGGAAAUGAGAAAACAUUAAUGACAAAACCCAAAAUAUCACAUCCAAUUGUGGAAAGCUGUGUUAUGGAUGAGGGAAAUGAUGUAGAAACAAAACUUCCUAAAACAGAAACUUUUGAUUGCUCUCCUGUUCCCCAGACACAAUCCAAGGGCAACUUAACAUUUAUGAAGACAAAUUUUAUUCCAUACCAAAAUAGAAUAGUGCUUCCCAAGGAUAUCAGUACCUCUCUGAGUACUCAAGCCAUCUGGCCUCUAACCAAUAGUAGUGAAGAAGGAAUUGACAGCAUAAAUGCAUUGCCCAGAGAUGACGGAGCUGAAGCACUGGAGAUAAAAAUAGUAGGGAAAGAUGAGAAAAAAAGGCUCGAUGAAAGCACGGCAGAUUCUAGUAUGUUAAUUAGGACCACACAGAUGACCUUAAAUGGCACCAGAGAAGAAAAGCAACAAACUUGGGAAAAUGGAAAAAGUGAAAACCAUGUAUUAUUUGAUUCAGAUUCUGCUGAGGCAACUAAAGAUUUAAGAAUGAUGAGUUCCCACGAAACCCAAAAUAGACUACCUUGUAGUGAAAUAGAUCUUAAAAUUAACAGUAAUAUGCAUUAUUUGAAAGAAGUUCAAAAUAUUCAACCAGAUACAGAUGAUAACAGUACACAUAAAAAAGGUGCAAUGACAGGGGAGACGUUACCAGAGUUAAAAGACAUUAGUUUUGAGGCAGAAAAUGAGGUGCCUCUAAUUCCUCGAUGAAUAAAUGAAGCUGAAAACUCUGCUCCUAAACCUACACUGUAUCCACCAGCUGCUGAAUAUGUUAAUUCAUCACCUUUAGAGGCAGAACAAAGUGAACAAAAUAACUCAAAUAAUAAUCCUUUUCUACUUCAGCUUUCUUGAAAAAGACACACAAACACCCCCUAGCCUUUGCAUGCAUUUCAAAUGCAUUAUUUUGAAGGAAGAAUCCUCAGUGACUCUUUGUUAUCAAUCAAAUAAAAGUACAUCGUUGAAUAUAACACAAAAAUCAAAGACAGAGCCAUAAGAUAUGUUUGACACAAUUAAUUGAGUUUGCAUCUCUAAGGAAUGGGGAAAUGGGAAAGAAGAAUUGGGCCUCAUCCUGGAAAAGAAAGCAAACAUUAAAAAAAAAAAAAAAGCCUUAAGCAAAUGAAAGAUUAAAUAGGAAAAAGUGCUUGAGCAGAUUUAUACUUGAUGAUUAUUUUAUGGAAAUUACUAUACACAUCUCAAUUAGUGGUAUUACUAUAUUGUUUUCUACACAGAUGAUUAUAUAUUCAUAUUUGUGCCUGAUCUGUUUUCCUAAUUAUGGUAUGAAAAUAAAAAUUGAGCUUUGUUAA